AUGCGGGAACACGACUCCGAGAGCGGAGAGAGUCACUCUCCUCCUGGUGACCUCGAUACCCUCGAGCCUCCACCGUUCCCCGGACAAGGGGACUCCUUUCACUUCGAGGCGACUUCGGCAAGGAGUUCUUUAUGCCCAGCACCAAAAGUUCAAUCCUCCAGUGGCACCAGUGCAUCCAGAACCGGCAAGCCGUCGGAGGUUGGAGUGAAAAAAUCGCGCUACCGCGUGACCAGUCUGAUCAUUCCGGAAGAACUGCCCACGAUAUUAUCUCUCAUCUACUCCAAUAUUCCGCCGAUAAAGAAAGGAACUGACUCUCGGCUUGGAGUUGGCUUCAGGCUCGGAGAGCAUGCUGAUUUCCAAGUCCUAGUGGAACUCGGUCCUCAGCAAGAAACGGAGAGGAUCGGUACUUCGGACUCGAAGAGGCGGCGUCAGGCAACCCUCAAUGCGGCAAUAAAUGGUGAAAUGGGACCCUGGGCCCAGUCCAUUGCCAAGUAUCAGAGUCAGCUCAGAAUCCAGAAGGAACUCGAAGAACGGAUCAGGCUGCAAGAGCAACUAAAAAAAAUGCAACCGAAGAAAAGCCAGAGCGAGACGAUGUCUGGAGGCGGCGAAUGGCUGACGAAGUGGAGCAAGGGGAUGAUAGAACCACCGGGUGAGGAUCCACCCUCGGAAAGGUUUCCGAUCGAGGAACUCUUGCCUAUGAUUGCGGCGAACGGAAUACCCACGGGGGGAUUUAGGAAUUCCGAAACGACGAACGUCAACGACAAGAUGAAAGAGUUGCAGAAGCUCUACAAGGCCCAACCAAUUGCUCAAAAUGCUUGACCCUGUGAAUUCCAGUAAAAACAUAGUUUUUAAUGACUUAUUUAACCUAGUUUCUAGUUUUUACCACUUUUGUACCAUACUAUUUAUUCGAAAACCCGUACGGGAGCAACGCGUUUGUACAAAAUCUCUGAAAAUAGGUAUAUGUAAUAUAUUUAGUAACUCAAUAUAUUCUGUAAAGUAUUUUAGAAACAAGUUACCUGCCUUUCAAGAUCAAACAAACUUGCCGACACCUCGUACAGCAUCGGAAACUGGAUCAAAUUGUGCGGACUUGCAUUUUGGUAGCGAUAUAAAGCGUCGUUAAUAUUUUGCAAGACCGAAAGAGCUUUUCGUGGUGUCGAGGCCAAUUCAGCGAUCAAGUCGGGAGACUUUCGUAACUUUCUCGUUAAUCAUGAUUGUCCAGGUAUUUUCUGUCGGGUGAUUGACGGACUUAAUCCCAGUCAUUAUCUGCAAAAAAAAAGUCAUUAAACGAUUAAUUAAAGUUUAGAACCGGAGAGACUGAAUUGAAGAACCAGUGAAUCUAAGGGAGAAUUUCAAGUUCCCUCAAAUCAAAACUAAACCGCUUCGUUUACCCGAGUUCUGGAUGACAAACGUCCGUUCCAACUUGAUGAGUGAAAGUACUGUAGCCUGCGUUCAAUGCCAGCUGUAGGGUAGCAUCGUUUCGUUUUACCGACUUUCGAGAGGACAGGAAAUAAUUCUCGGCAAGUGAAAUCCGUCGGUAACUCAUCGGGGGUUGAUGCGAAUUGUUACCCUGAACGGAAAACCACCCCGUGUGAAAAAAAGAUGUCAGGUAGUCGUUGCGAGCAAAUUCAUGUUAUAUAAAAUCAAGUAACAAUAAAGUUUUGUUAACGUUGA